UUGCGUUGCAGCCGGGGAUUGCACGAUUGGGGCAUAGGUGAUGAGUGCAGAUCAGCUCGGGUAGAGGAGGGGUGAUGAGUGCAGAUCUGGGCUCGGGCAGAGGAGGUUGCAGGCGCGCAGGGGGUAGGGCGUGUAGGCGUGCAGGAGGCAUGAUUGCCGGUGCGCAGAGUGCAGGAGAUUUGGUGCAGGGCAAGGGGUUGGCGCAGAGCAAGACUGGUGCAGGAAGCAAGGCCGGGGCAGGAGCUAGGGCGCAGGAGCUAGAGGCGCUGAGCAGGGGGCGCUGGUUCGUGCAGACGAUCUGGGCUGGUUCGGGAGGAGAGUGCAGGCGCUGGCAGCAGGAGGCGUAGAGCAGGAUCGGUGCAAGCGAGGUGCAGGCAAGCAGGGGCGUAGGUAGCAGGAUUUGGUGUGCAGAAAGGGAGGCGUAGAGGGUGUAGCGAGUAGGGGGUGCAGAGGUGCAGAGGAGGGUGUAGGCGCAUGAUUGCCGGUGAUGACAAACAAGGGGCGCCGGCUGGUUUGGGGAGGAAGCUGGUUUGGGAGAGAGAGAACGAAGACCUUGGCAUUUUUUAUUUUA